AUGAUACUGCAUCAUAUUACUGCCAAAUCUAUAGUUGGAAGUAAAGUUACGGGAGGGCUGAAAAACAGCAAACAUGAGUGCACCCUGUCUUCACAAGAAUAUGUUCAUGAAUUACGAUCUGGUAUUGCAGAUGAAAAACUACUUAACUGCUUAGAAUCUCUGAGGGUUUCUUUAACCAGCAAUCCCGUCAGCUGGGUUAAGAACUUUGGCCAUGAAGGUCUUGGACUCUUAUUGGAUGUGCUGGAAAAACUUCUGGACAAGAAACAGCAAGAAAACAUUGAUAAGAAGAAUCAGUAUAAACUCAUCCAGUGCCUCAAAGCAUUUAUGAAUAAUAAGUUUGGAUUGCAACUGAUUCUAAAAGAUGAAAGAAGUCUUUUACUAUUGGCAAGAGCAGUUGACCCCAAACAAGCCAACAUGAUGACUGAAAUAGUAAAAAUACUUUCUGCUAUUUGCAUUGUUGGAGAAGAUAACAUUCUAGAUAAACUUUUAGAGGCUAUAAGUACAGCAGCAGAAAGAAACAACAAAGAGAGAUUUUCACCAAUUGUGGAAGGAUUAGAAAAUCAUGAAGCUUUGCAAUUACAGGUGGCCUGCAUGCAGUUUAUAAAUGCUCUUGUCACUUCUCCUUAUGAACUUGAUUUUCGAAUACAUUUAAGAAAUGAAUUCCUGCGUUCAGGACUAAAAGCAAUGUUACCGGAUCUAAAAGAAAAAGAGAAUGAGGAGCUUGAUAUUCAGUUGAAAGUAUUUGAUGAGAACAAAGAGGAUGACCUAACUGAAUUAUCACACCGUCUCAAUGACAUUCGAACAGAAAUGGAUGAUAUGAAUGAAGUGUACCAUCUUCUGUACAAUUUGUUGAAGGACACUGCUGCUGAAAAUUACUUAUUGUCCAUCCUGCAACACUUUUUGCUCAUCAGAAAUGAUUAUUAUAUCAGGCCACAGUAUUACAAAAUAAUUGAGGAGUGUGUCUCACAGAUAGUGCUGCACUGCAGUGGUAUGGACCCAGAUUUCAAGUAUAGGCAAAGAUUAGAAGUUGAUUUCACUCAUCUGAUAGAUUCUUGUGUGAACAAGGCAAAGGUUGAAGAAAGUGAACAAAAAGCAGCAGAAUUCUCAAAGAAGUUUGAUGAAGAAUUCACAGCUCGACAGGAAGCUCAAGCUGAGCUUCAAAAAAGAGAAGAAAAAAUCAAAGAGCUUGAAACAGAGAUCCAGCAACUUCGAACCCAGGCACAUGGACUGUCAAGUUCAUCGGGAGUUCCAGGCCCUUCACCAUCUUCAAUGCCCAGUGGUGGGCCAUCCCCACCACCACCUCCACCACCUCCACCCCUACCUGGAGGAGCUUGUCCUCCUCCUCCUCCACCUCCCUUACCUGGAACUAUACCACCACCACCACCACCUUUGUUUGGGGGACCUCCUCCACCACCUGCCCUUGGAGGUAUCCCUCCUCCCCCAGGAGUAACUCUUGAUCUGCCUUAUGGAAUGAAGCAGAAAAAAAUAUACAAACCUGAAGUUUCUAUGAAGAGAAUCAAUUGGUCAAAGAUUGAACCCAAAGAAUUAUCUGAGAAUUGUUUCUGGUUAAAAGUUAAGGAGGACAAAUUUGAAAAUCCAGAUCUCUUUGCAAAAUUGGCAUUGAAUUUUGCUACCCAGAUAAAAGUUCCAAAGAAUACAGAAGCUUCAGAAGAAAAGAAAACUAUGCCUGCAAAGAAGAAAAUAAAAGAAUUGAGAGUUUUGGAUGCCAAAACAGCCCAGAAUCUGUAUAAUCAGAAUUCCCUUAUCACUGAAGAACCUGGAAAGCAUGCUCUCUUUGGUUACAGAGGCUUCCAGAACCCUGAUCUAGGAAAUGAGAGUCAAGAUUACACCAAAACUCCCAUUCUAACCUGUAGCUUUUCCAAUAUGCUACUGUUGGAGAAUAUAGAACGCCUAGGAAGAAUACCUGAUAAUUAUAAAGAAGGCAUACAAAAAACCCCAAACAAAAAACCCACAACACAACAACUUUUGAGAGCUCAAGUUUUGAACCCUGUCCUAGGGGUGGCUAUAUGGGGGAUAAGGGAAAAGUUUCCCAUGGAGCACAAGCAAUGUGUAAUGAAGUCCCCUGUGUCAAGGACGUGGGAUAUUCUGUGGCAAAGUAUGAAAAACCUAGUAAAACAUCUUCCUGAACAAAAAGUACUCAAUGAAUUAGCACAGCUGAAGAAUGAAUAUGAUGACCUCUGUGAGCCUGAACAAUUUGGAGUUGUGAUGAGCUCGGUGAAAAUGUUGCGGCCUCGUCUCAAUGGCAUUCUUUUCAAGCUCACAUUUGAAGAACAUGUAAACAACAUCAAACCUAGCAUCAUAGCAGUAACUCUUGCCUGUGAAGAACUGAAAAAAAGUGAAAGCUUUUACAGACUUUUAGAGUUAGUUCUUUUGGUUGGAAACUACAUGAACUCAGGCUCAAGAAAUGCCCAAUCUUUGGGUUUUAAUAUCAACUUCCUUUGUAAGAUCAGAGAUACUAAAUCGGUAGAUCAAAAAACAACCCUCCUGCAUUUUAUUGCUGAAAUUUGUGAGGAAAAAUACCGAGACAUCCUGAAGUUUCCUGAAGAAUUGGAACACGUGGAAAGUGCAAGCAAAGUUUCAGCUCAAAUUCUCAAGAGCAACCUUGCAACAAUGGAACAGCAUAUUACUCAUCUUGAACGUGACAUCAAGAAUUUACCCCAAGCAGAAAAUCAACAUGAUAAGUUUGUGGAAAAGAUGACCAUAUCCUUUAUUUAUUUAGAUUUAGCUUAUGGCCACAUAGCAACUUGCAAUAUUGAGUAG